CUAAUGUUUGUAGAUGUGUGUUUCAAGGCACAACAAAGAGCAUAUUUAAAAAAUUAAGGAAUUGUCUUAAAAAUAAUGAUUUUUCAACACAACAAUAGGUUGUGUUGGCCAGUGUAAUACUCCCCCUAUCAUCCCAAACCGAAAAGUCGUUUUGGCUGACCUUUGAGCUGGUACAACGUCUGGUCUGGGAUCGUGGAUUGGUCGUAGCACAAUAUACAUUUGUACAUAUGAAUCAGCCGAUAGAGCCAAUGCAAAUCUCGGGGAGAGAGGGUCACUAUCGGAAAUCGGGAAUCGAUAAGCAGUCGGCGCUGAUAGUACGAAAUACAAAAUACUUAGUUUCUUUAAUUGCUGUUCGUCGGCUCGACCAAGUUUCAGUUGCACUAAGUUUCCACCAUGAACUUCCUGCUGCGCUUUGUGGUUUUCUGCCUGGACCCUCUGGGCUUGGGACGUCGCUUCCUCAUCCGUCCGACCUUGAAUCUCGCUUGGAACGUCUACGAUCGCGUCCGCAGCAAGGCGGAUGAGAAAGUAGGCACGGUGCGGGAACUGGUCCUCCGGCUAGGACUCAUAGCCUUCGCCGUGGUUCUCAUCAUCUGGCUGGCGGUCUUCAUGUACGCCGCUUUCUACUACGUCUUCAUGCCGGCCAUAUCGCACACACGACCCGUCCACAUGCAGUUCAAAACCUGCUUAGAGACCAGCACGCCCUGUACCUUUCCACAUGCCCACGUCUCGCUGACGAAGAAGCAACAGCUUCUUAUGGUUGGCCAGGCUUAUAAGGUGAUCGUGAAUAUCGAUAUGCCGGAAUCCCCACAGAAUCUGGAACUGGGUAUGUUUAUGGUGUGCGCCGAGAUGAGGGACUACGAUUCGAUGCUGAGAGGACAUUCCUGCCGAUCUGCAAUGAUGCGAUAUCGGUCGCCACUGAUCCGCAUGAUCUCCACUUGGGCCUUAAGUCCGCUUUAUGUGCUUGGUUGGAAGGAGGAAUUCCAGCAAGUCCCGGUAGAGAUAUUUUCGCGGUAUCUGGAGGAGCGACAGCAUCCCAUUACGGAUGUCUAUGUGGAGAUACAGUCGCAGAAGAUUCAGUUCUAUACGGUGACACUUCAUAUAGUUGCCGAUUUUACCGGUCUGCGGUACAUUAUGUUCAACUGGCCAGUGUUGUCGGCCAUAGUGGCCAUUAGCACCAAUCUAUUCUUUAUACUGGUCAUCUUUCUGCUCAGCUGGUACCACUGGUCCGACGCCAAGUGGUUGCACAGCGUGCAAAUCAAAUACGCCCGGCUCACGAAGUCGCUGGAACCCGGCGUAAUCCUUUCCAAAACGAGCAGCCUUCGGGAUGAUGAUGAUUUGUUUGCUUACGGUGAUAAGUCUGACAUUGCAGACGUGGGUGGAGACACACUGAGCGAUGUGGAUGCAGAUGAUUUGGUGUUGGUCAAGAAAUCUGGCAGUGGCAAGGAUGCUACCCAGGAUUCACUGCGUAAGCGUCAUUCGAAAAAGACCACUGCGGACCACUAAUAUGAGGAGUGGCUGAAAUAAAAGAGAGACCACCAUUCACCACCGAA